AUGCUUGAACUUGUUAAAAGAAACACGGCGCUCGAAGUUAAUCCAACUUCUAGUUUUAUUGACAUCCAUCUUACUGACCAUGGUAGUAGUUGGUUAUGGGCUGCUUUUGCUGUAUUUGGUGUCCUUACAGUUGUCCAUGGAUUCUUAUACACGCUCACUAGUGUUAGACGUAGUGGCUUGAAGAAGGCCCUUCUCACAAUUCCAUUAUUUACUAAUGCUAUCUUUACUUAUACCUACUUUACGUAUGCUUCUAAUUUAGGUUACACUGGUAUUCCAACUCAAUUCAACCAUGUUACUACUGAUGAAGGUUUAGAUGUUAGACAAAUCUUCUAUGUUAAGUUUAUUGGAUGGUUCUUAGCUUGGCCAUUUGUUUUGUCAAUCUUUGAAGUUAUCACUCAUACCCACUUGACUGAAGAAGGUACUGACUUAAUCAGUAAGUUUAUUAGUCUUUUCCUGGGAUUGUUUACCAAGGUUGUUGCUGUAGAAGUUUUCGUUUUGGGUUUGUUGAUUGGUGCCUUGAUUGAAUCAAGCUACAAAUGGGGUUACUUUACCUUUGCUGUCUUUGCCCAAUUAUUUGCCAUGUUCUUGAUUGGUCGUGAUCUCUUCCAUUCAUUUGGAGCAGCAUCAAGAUCCGGCUUGGGUAACAUGUUUGUCUUGUUUGCCUUUGUUGUUUGGAUUUUGUAUCCAAUCUGUUGGGGUUUAUCUGAAGGUGGUAAUGUUAUUCAACCAGAUAGUGAAGCUGCAUUCUAUGGUAUUUUGGAUGUUAUCACUUUUGGUUUCCUCCCAACCAUUUUAACUUGGUUAGCUGUCAAGAAUGUCGAUGAAGGCUUCUUUGGUAAGAUCUGGCCAUACCACUUGAAGGACUCUGUUGGUGACAACACUGUUGACCCAGAAAAGAGUAUUGGUGACACCACCCCAAGACAUUCUGGUGAUACUGCUGUUGCACCAGCUGGUGUUCCUGCAACUGCCACUGAUGAAUAA